AUGGCGACAUUAACACCAGCAGCAAGCUCGUGUUACAGAUUACAGCUUCCACCUACGGAAGCUGAUGAUAGGCUUAACUUACAUGUACGGACGGGUUCGGCUUCUACUUUGUUCAACUCUUUGGUAUUUGCUUACGGCGGUUUAACUAUAGGGUUAGAACUUAAUGAUGUGACAAUCCAAGAUAUCUCAAGAGCAUUCAGACAGCAUUUAACCAACAAUCAACCCAAAGAUAUCCGAGCAUAUUUAUCAGGAGAGUUCUUUUACCUUAAUUUGAUCGAAAAAGUUUGGAAAAGAGUUAAAGUUAAAGCAGGGGACCCAAAACCGAAACCAAGGCUCUUUCACGAAAUUGCAGCAAUGAAUAACCGUGUUUAUGUAUUUGGUGGGUUAACUGUACCGGAAGACUGGAAUUAUGAGCAAAGAGAAGGUGAUACGUUAUCAUCUAGUCCUCCUUUAGUUCCCUGUAAUGAUUUAUGGGAAUUUGACUUGGAAACUAGUAAAUGGGCUUGUCUAGAUGAUGGCUCGACGUUUGUCUCAGACAAUACUGUUCCGGGGCCCAGAUACAGCCACAAGAUGACUGCCAUAGGUAGUUUAUCAUUUGCAAAUAAGAGUGACCAUUUUGGAAUAUUUAUAGCAGGAGGAAAAGAUGCAAACUCCAAACCCAUAUUCGAAAAUGUAAUAUUUGAUUUGGUUGAAAAAAAGUAUGUGAGUUCAAAACACACUCAUUUAAGGAUUCCUCAUGAUAAAUUGAAUGAGAAAUAUGGCUACGGUAAUGUUGGCGGAAUAAAUGACGACAAUGAUUUGAAUGUUGAUUACACAAACAGCAUAAUUGUUAACUUUACUGAUAGAUUUGACGACUCAAUAGCAAAAAAUAGCUCGAAUCAAGGCCAGAGUUUUGGAGAGAGGCGUUCUAACAGCAGAGAUGAUACAUUGAAGAAAGAAUCAAUAAUAGUAUAUGCCCCAGUAAGGACGAAGCAUGGGCAACCUCCUAUUAAUCCACUCAUUUCUUUUAGGCUUGGUAAAUCCAUCAAGUCAGGAAAGUCUCUUCCUUUAUAUUCAGAAGAGAGGACUGCGAAAGAUCAAUCAAUUAUCGAUAGUCAAACUAUCCCCUACAAUCUUAGAUAUCCUACAGGAGGUCUAUUUGGACAAAAUAUUGUUAUCACCGGAUUUUUGCCCAACGAAUAUCAUAUUUCUAUUUUUGUGUACAAUAAGCCAACAGGAAAGUGGUCAAGAUUGAAUGUUUUUUGUAACCAUGACUAUGGUUCACACAGAUUUUGGGGAGGAUUUGCUUGGCAGUCACAUCAUAAGGUUGUUUUGAUAGGAAACUUUAUAACUUCUAUGACAACAAGCAGUAUUAGGUAUUUUACCGUGAUGAUAACAGUCAGUUUACCCAUAACUAACAUCUUGAUUAGCUCGGAAUUAAAGCUACAAUCAGACAAAGUAGAUAAAAAAUUAACAAAUAAUUGUAAUGGAGAGGAUACAAGCUCUCUGGGAGAAGAUGAGCAGGAUGACAGGCGACUGUCUGCAAUUUCUCUGGAUACACCAGCUGCCAUCAGUUUUAGUGAAUACGUACACUAUGCUGCUCCUAAAUCUAAUUUUACCACAGUGAGAUCAGUGUUCCCUCCUGCAGCGGUGACCUUGGGCAGAAAAGCUUUAGAUAGAUUUGGUGACCUUAUCUCAGAUUUUGAAUUGAUUUCUUCGAUUGGAGACAGGAUUCCAGUGUCCCUCAUAGUAUUGAUGGAAAGAUGGGGAAGGUAUUUCAUUGAAUUGCUUGCGAGAGGGUAUGUACGAUCAGUCCACCUGUUUGAAGAGAAAUUGAAAGAAGAACCUGAGCAUUCAAAUGAAAAACACAUUGUGCCGAUCGAGCGGCCGGAUGAUUCUGGUAUUGUCCUAGAAAAUAAAGGUGGUCCUCAGUUCAGGUUGCCAUUUCAGGAAUUACGGUCAAAAACAGAGAUGCAACAAAUCAACGACGUAAUGGCAGAAGCAAGCGCAGGUCGCCCGACACUAGAGUCAGUCUCAUCUUCUGUGGAUCCCCAUGAAGUGAGUCCACCAAUUAACUCAUCCAAGGUAGGAGACGACAACAGCAUUGUAAGUGUUCAUUUGGAUGAAAUACCACCCCAGCUACCUUUACCGGAGGAACCUUUGCCAGCCGUUCCUUCGACCCCUUCAUUAUUCAAGAGCACAUCUAGAAAAGGUUCCAACGAUGUCAAUUCUCCCAGAGCUUCCUUGAUUCAUACUUUAACAGUAUUGAGAAAUAUACCACUUUCAAAAUCUCCGAGAAGCUCUCCAAUGUCAUCACCAAGGCCGUCUCUAUCUGGACCAUCGAGCUCACAUGAAAGUCUCCAGCCCUCCCAUGAUGCAAAUGUUGGUACACCAGGCAAAAACAAUCGCUCGACGGAUGAACUACUAGGAAUUAGUGAAAAGCUUAAUGCUUCCAAAAAGAGCCCCAGCUUUGCUUCAUUACUGUCUCUAGGAUCUCAUUAUGGUGAUAAAAAGGACUCAACGCCAUCAAUCUUUUCAGAUGACUCUUUAGUUCUUGGCAAUAAGGAAGAAAAAGGUCUUUCCCUCUCCUCGUUACUUGAUUUUGAAAAUUUAGAAGAGCGUCGAAAAAUGGAACCAUCACUAGUUCCAAGAAAGCUUUAUAUGCCCUUUUCAACAACUACGUUGAAAGCAUUUUGUGAAUAUUUGUAUACUGGCCAAGUGGGUAAUAAGUGGCUCUUAACUCCGACUGCCUUAGACAACUUGCAAAUUGCUAAAUUUUAUGAUGUUCCCUUGUUGUAUGAUCUAAUUAGUGAAGUUCUCUUUGGAAUUAUUGGUAGGAAAGAGCAUUAUAUAUCUCUGGAAGGUAAGAAAUUAAAAAAUAAGUAUUUUAAACUUUUAAAGUUGACAAACACGAAGAUAGAUCCUAAUUUUAAAUUUCCUUUGGAUGAAUAUCAGGGUUUUUUGAAUACAGUUGAUGAUGGCUACUUAGAUGUUGCUUUGAUGAAGAAAACAUCUAGUCUAAAGCACAUGUCAACAGUGGGAAGACGAAGAAAGUCGAGCUCCAGCUCUAAAGUAGGGAAUGAUGAUGGUCACUUAUCUAGUAAUGUUGAAGGUUCUGCAGAUAAUUCUACUGAAGAUUCGUCGGGCAAAAGGUCUAGCGAUGAGGAGAAUGAUUUUGAACUAAGAUAUUUGGACAAUCGCGAAGAGCCUCACGUAGGACCAAAAUCAAAGUCAGUGUUUGAUAGGGCAAAUAAUCUACGUGCUGACUUUUUUCAAAGUACUCUAGAUGAACGGGCUGGAAACUUGGAGAUAGAAAAGAUGGAACUGGUGACUUUAGAACAGAUUGCCUCUCCUAACUCACCUGUCCCUAGGGACUACGCAAUCGAAUUAAUAUAUGAAGCUGCCUCUAUAGUAGCGGAUAUUAAAUUGAUGUUAAGAGCUUUAAACGUGAGACAUAUGAGUAGGAUAUUGAAGCAGUCACAAACUGAUUUGGGAUUGGAGAUUGACAGACUUACCCAUUUGUACGACGAAAAUAUUGCUGAAGAAGAGACUUCUGAGGAAGAAGGAGGGAAUAAUGCUGAGUCAGAGGUCGAAUGUGCCACUCCUCCUAAGUUGAAUCCAACUCGUUCAACGUCUUCUCUCGGUUCCAUACUAAGUAAUGUAGUUCAUGGGGGGUCAGAUAAAGCUAAGAUGCAUUCUAGUCUCCGAAAUGUGGGGGGCUUUACACCAGUAAAACAGACCAAGACACAAGAUGCUAAAUUACGUAAUAAAGAAUUAGAUAAGCAAAUUACCAAGCUAAUUAAGAAGGAUGAAAAUUUAAAGUCCAAGCAGGAGAAAAGCGACAAGCGUAUGAUUCGAGAACUUCAGAAAUCUGAGAAGCUGGACAAGAAAACGGACAAAAAAGCAGACAAGAAGCCGUCCGAAAAAGGUAACCUUGUUCGCAAAAGUCUUUCAAGGACUCUCUCAAAUUUGAAUCCAAGCACUGAGGAAUCUUCCCCUGCGCCUUCUAACCAGGCCAAUACAAAGAAGCAUCAUGGUUUCUUUCUACGGAAUCAUUUGAAGAAGAAAUAA